AUGAAUCCAACAACAGUUUCAUCUACUGCUAGUCAUCAACAUCAACAAGAACAAGAGAUGUUGGCCAGUUUUGCUGUUCCCAAUCCUCCAUUAUCUACCCAACAAUCACAAUAUUUAGAAGAUGAUGUGAGUAAUCCUAAAAGUGAUGAUGAGAACAAAAAUGGACCAAGAACUUUAUGGAUGGGAGAUUUAGAUCCUUGGUUAGAUGAACCAGCAAUUGAAAACAUUUGGUGGCAAAUACUUAAUAAGAAAGUUCAAGUUAAAGUUAUUAGACCCAAAUUUUCAAAACCUGACAUAAAUCUUAAUGGUUUAAGUCAUAGUGGAUAUUGUUUCAUUGAAUUUGAAACUUUUGGUGAUGCUAAACAAGCUUUAAGUUUAAAUGGUCAAUUAUUACCGGAUUUGGCCAUGCCUUCACAAAGACAAUUUCCUAAUAAUCCUGAUAAUCAAAAGAAAUAUUUCCGUUUAAAUUGGGCUAGUGGUGCUACUUUAUCAGCUCCUAUUGUUCAAAGUCCUGAAUAUUCUUUAUUUGUUGGAGAUUUAUCAGCUUCAACUACUGAGGCUCAUUUAUUGGCAUUUUUCCAAAAACUGUUCCCAACUUCAGUUAAAACUGUUAGAGUAAUGACUGAUCCUGUUAGUGGGAAAUCAAGAUGUUUUGGAUUUGUCAGAUUUACUGAUGAACUGGAAAGACAAAGAGCUUUAGUUGAAAUGAAUGGUGUUUGGUUUGGUGGAAGACCUUUAAGAGUUGCAUUGGCAACUCCUAGAAAUCAAAACUUUCAAUUCAAUCAAUUCAAUAAUAAUCAAUCUCCUAUUAAUCAAUUCCAAAAUCAAUUCCCUGGUUCUUUCCCUCCUACACCAAGUCAAUUCCCUGGAACUCCUAAUAUGAGAAGAAAUAACUAUUAUGAGAAUCCCCAAGAAUUAAUGUUUAAUGGUGGAUUUGGUUAUUACCCUCCAAUUGUCCCUAUUUUACCUGAUGAAGAACCUAAAACUCCUAGUGAAAGUGGUUAUAGUCAUGGUUCAACGGGUCCCGGGUCGGGUUCUCGUUCAGAAUCGGGGUCGGGUAAUGGAUAUCAACCUAUACCUCAAAGUAAUGAAGAAACCUUACCACCAAGCGUUGGUGAAGAUUAUUCUAGUUUAAAUUCCCCAGUCUCAACUCCUACUCAUUCAGUUCAAGGACAACCGUACAAUGAUCCUAAUAAUACCACUGUCUUUGUGGGAGGAUUAUCACCUGAUGUUUCUGAACAAACAUUAUUCACCUUAUUCAAAUCAUUUGGUAUUAUCCAACAAAUCAAAAUACCUCCAGGUAAAAACUGUGGAUUCGUUAAAUAUUCUUCAAGAGAAGAAGCCGAAGAAGCUAUUGCUGCCAUGCAAGGAUUCAUAAUUUGUGGUAAUAGAGUUAGAUUAAGUUGGGGAAGAGUUUCUCUGAAUAAUAAGAAAUUCCAUCAACAUCAACAUCAAGCUGCUCAAGCCGCUCAUAUGCAAGCUGCCGCUGCUAUGUCUAUGGGUAUGGACCCAGCAAGUGCUAUGGCUGCCGCUGCCGCUGCUGCCGCUGCUGCUGGUGGAUACCCGGGUAUGCCUCCUCAAGGUUUACAACCAAUUCCUCAAGGUAUACCGCCACCAGGAAUGCAAGGAAUUCCACCUCAAGGUUUACAGGGUUUACCUCCACAAGCAAUACAUGGUAUGCCUCCACCUCAAAUGCAAGGAAUGCCCCCAAUACCCAUUUCUCCUCAAAAUAUGAUUCCUGUCCCAGUUUAUGUUCCUCCUUCAAAGGAAUCUGAUGAUGAGAAAAAAGUCGAUGAUGAUAAUGAAUUAACCACCGCUAUGAAAUCCAUGAAUUUAGAGAAAUAG